CAACCAGGGCUCCCUCUGGGCCGUUCCGCGCACGCUCCUGCUCGGCAACCGCCCCCUCCCCCUUCAGCCCGGUUGACCCCUCGCGGGAGUGGCUGGUGGGGGGGGGGGGCGACUUAAGCACGCCGCACCGUCAAGGCUGGGGGGGAAGCGGAUGAUAACCGAACGCACUGCGCGGUCUACUGGCCGCCGCGCCCACCCGUCCGUCCGGCCGGAGAAGAGGCGCGACCCCCUCGCGGUUUCUUCCCUUUCCUUACUCGACCCUGAGCAUUCAGCUCCCGCCCUCCCCUUGCCGACAUUUUAAUCCGAUUUCCCCGGCCGUUCCUCCGCGCGAACGGCAAACCCACACCACCAACAUGGCCGCCGAGGGCGCCCUCUCCGUUUCGGCCCCCCCUCGGUUUUCUCUGCGGCUGCGCGGCGCAGAACCUUAUAGGAGUUGUAGUUCUCCGCGCACCCGGGGCCCGCUGCGAGACGUGGGAGCGAACUACAAAUUCCAGGAUGCCGCACCGCCGAUCUGAAGGGGCCAAUGGGAGGCUUCGCUCCCCUCCCUUCCCACCCUGGCCAUAGGGAUGAUGUCAUUGCAAAACAGGCAGGGGAGGUUUCUGCUCUGCAAUUCAUUGUGCUACGCUGUAGCCGCCUCCUCCCCCUGCUGCUGAAGCGCUCGGGCAGUGACUAAAUCCCAAGCAAAGGGGAGGGGGACCAUAUAGACAUCCCAAGGGAGCUGCAAGCCCUACCCCAUGUCUAGGUGAUUGAAUCCCACGUUGUGUCUUGUUUUAUGGUCUCGCAGGGGAAGGGGGGAAAAUCCCAAAUCCAGGCAGGAUGGCAAAAGUUGAAUUGGCUCUGCCGGCUUGUGGUCAGGUUUGCAGGCAUGCAAAAGGACUCUGUGUCAGGAAGGCAGGAGUUCUCUCACCUUUCUGUGUAAAUGAGUAUGGAAGAUUAUGAUUUUCUGUUCAAAAUUGUUUUAAUUGGCAACGCUGGUGUGGGGAAAACCUGCUUAGUCCGACGCUUCACUCAGGGGCUUUUCCCACCAGGUCAAGGAGCCACUAUCGGAGUUGACUUUAUGAUUAAGACUGUGGAGAUAAAUGGUGAAAAAGUGAAGCUGCAGAUCUGGGACACGGCAGGGCAGGAGAGAUUCCGGUCCAUUACGCAGAGUUAUUAUCGCAGCGCUAAUGCAUUAAUAUUGACCUAUGACAUAACCUGUGAAGAAUCGUUCCGAUGCCUUCCCGAAUGGCUGCGAGAAAUAGAACAGUAUGCCAGCAAUAAGGUCAUAACUGUGCUAGUGGGUAAUAAGAUUGAUUUAGCCGAGAAAAGAGAAGUCUCCAAACAAAGAGCUGAAGAAUUUUCAGAGGCCCAAAACAUGUACUAUCUGGAAACUUCUGCUAAAGAAUCGGAUAACGUGGAAAAACUCUUUCUGGACUUAGCUUGCCGGCUGAUCAGUGAGGCAAGACAGAAUACGCUUGUGAACAAUGUGGCAUCCCCGUUACCAGGAGAGGGGAAAAGUAUCAGCUAUUUGACUUGCUGCAAUUUCAAUUAAGGGCUGGCCCAAGAUCCACCCCAAAUGGGCCAAGAGGUUUUUUGCAGAGAUGUAUCUCAGUGAAGGCAAUUCCUGCCACUUUGACCCAUCUGACUCACACCUAAGUCAGGUUCCCGAUCUUAAAGCAUGGCAGGCUGACCGCUCCACCUGCGGGUCAACAUAGCAGAAUAUAUUAUGGUUUAAUCUUUUUUGCAGUCUCUGGAGUUGGUUAGCAAAAAUAGUUUGCACAAGGCGCUCAUCCAAAUCCAGAGCAUGGGCUGUGACGUCACUUUCCGCUGGAGAUUAGAACAGCCUCCCUGGAUGAUACAGAAGAAUGCAGAAUCUCUUUUGCAGCACGCCUUUAGUCCUUUUGAAAAAAGAUGAACUUUAAGUCUUGGACUAUACAGUACUGGCAUUGUUCCAGGCUGCCAGCCAAAUGAAUGCUUAGGAUGUGUAUAUGCCCAUGGUAUCCUGAUGCAGGACUCAAUUGUAUGUUUUGAAUUAGUGUUAUAUCUCUCAUCUGCAGGCACUUUCAUGAACUUGGAAUUAAAAACAUAUAUAUCAACGUUUCCAAACAAACAACAAUUUGGAAAAAGAUAUGGAUACUGGCUUAGUCACUCCGUUUGGUGCUAGCACUCCAGCUGAAUAUUUCAUAGACCAAACCUAAUUUUAUUACAUUACUGUCCUCUGAAUGUGUAACUUAGAGUAAGUAGUGAAAGUAUGCUAAUAAGCACUGUCCAUAAAAUAUCAUUACCUCUUUUUCUCAGCCUGAACAUAGUGGGUAAGGACUGUGCUUCUUUGAUGUCAAUUGUGGGGUGCAAAGACUUUUUUUCUUGAGUCAUAAAAGCUCUGUAAACAGUAAUUUCCUAAGGUAAUGAACUAGUUUUGAGAAUACUGACUGAUGGAGUUCUAAACAGAUCAGAUCUGACCAAAAUAUUGUGUUUGCACUGAUCAUGUAUAAGGGUUCAAAGGCAGAGCACAGUUUUAGAUGGCAGUCCAGUGUGUUUGAGUAAUGAAAGCUUGUAGUUACAGGUCUUGCUUGAAAAGCAAGCAUACAAUUUUGUGGUUUUUUUAAGCUUAAGUGAAAAUGGCAGCAAGUGUUGUUAUGAAUCAUUUUGUGUCUUACUCAUCCAAUGAUCAUCUUAUGAACCUGUACCUUGGAGAAGCAAUUCAAGGUACCAGUUUGGCUGGUGACUGUAUUGACUGUAUUAUAAUAGCUUUUGGAUCCAUGACCAUAGAUUCAUUUAAUUUUCUUGUUACUUUGUACUCUUGGUUUCAGACACCAAUGUAUGUAUAAUUAUUUGCUUAGGCAAUUUCUUUAUAUAAAACCUCUAAUGUGGAAGCACUAUGGUAUUUGUGUUAUUACACCUCGAGUGCCAUGUUCUAAUAAUGCAUUGGACUUUACACAUUAAUGUUAAAGCAAAAUUGGAAAAAGAGGUUGGACGCAUACGUAGUAAAUCAUUUUUAAAUGUUUGGUAUCCGUUUUAUUGACCUGAAUGAGGCUAAAACUUUUGGUAACUUUGUGGCUGUGAUACAUUGUAACUUAGCAUUAAUCAGCUCGAUAUCAUGUAUUAUUUGCUGAAGAUGUUGACUGGCUUUUUGUAUUAACAUGAAAAAAGCUGCCAAUAAGUAAAUCUUGAAAAUAAAAAUGGCCUUUUAAAAUGCUUUGUCACAUUUUCCUAAACAGAUUUUUGGGGUCUAUUAUACUGUGCCUUUGAUUUUCAAUGGGAAGUGUGUGUGUUGUGGAUCAAGAGUGUAAUAUAGCCAUUUUGUAAUGCAUAUUUCCUGCUGUAGAAUGUCAGUUUUUUCCCUUAUGGUGUAAUCAACGGGAAAAUUUGUUUGAUUCUGCGGUUUCUCUUGUGCUAGGUAAUACAGUGAAGCCAGCACUAAGGAGCAUCUCCAGUAGGGAGUUUUCCUUUCUUAACUGACUCCCUUUAAAAAUACCCCUUAAAUUUCCUAUACAGUUUUGUUUGACCUCUUAAAGACCAUCCAGCUCCUACAUAGCUGAUUUUGCAGGUCACUUAGGUGUUGUGGUAAAUGCCUUGUGAGAUAAUGCUGCCAUCUCACUAAAAUAAUAUAGUAUUUUUAAAAAAUAUUCUUACUCUUCGGGUCCUGGAUUUUUCUACUUAGUAUAUCAGUUGCUAAGGUAGAGGUACUUGGUAAAGUUACCAGCAGGAGUGGACUAAUGAAGGGCUACGUGUGUCACAUUACGCUUGUUUUUCAUGUCCUGUAGUCCAAGAAUUAAACGCUAAAGUAUUUUCCUCAAGCCUCUCUUUUACAUUGCAAGUCAUAAGCAGUGCAGUACUAGACCACUUCGUAUUGGAUGAUGUUAAGGGUAGGGGAAAUUUUUAUUUUCAUACACUGAACACAUUCUGACCAGGUAAACCCCGAAGUCACUACUCGGAAGAGAAGUAUUUACUGUGUCUGUAAAGGGCUUUUUUUUUUUUAAAGAUUA